GGGCAUACACAUAGUGCAUGUAUCCGGUUGAGGGAUGUGUGAGGUACAGGCAGAUUCUUAUUGAUGAGUUCACUACUUCUAACUCUGCUGAAGCUGAGGCUCGGUGUUUGAAGGAUCAGUGCUGUCACGACUAAAGGCUGCUCGCGGUCGUGUUGUUCCUCUGAGUCUUUAGACCAGCAAAUCUGUAAAGAUGGACAUGUCCAAGCUGCCUAAGAUCAGGGAUGAGGAGCGAGAGAGUCAGUUUGGAUUUGUUCAUGGAGUCUCUGGACCAGUGGUGACGGCUACAGCUAUGGCAGGAGCAGCCAUGUACGAGCUGGUCCGUGUCGGCCACAGUGAGCUGGUGGGAGAGAUCAUCAGGCUGGAGGGAGACAUGGCCACCAUCCAGGUCUAUGAGGAGACCUCUGGUGUGUCUGUUGGAGAUCCAGUGCUGCGGACAGGGAAGCCUCUCUCUGUGGAGCUGGGCCCAGGAAUCAUGGGUUCCAUCUUUGAUGGUAUCCAGCGACCCCUGAAGGACAUCAAUGACAUCACACAAAGUAUCUAUAUUCCCAGAGGAGUUAAUAUUGGCGCUCUGAAUCGAGACCUGAAGUGGGAGUUUACUCCCGUCAAGAGCCUGCGGGUUGGCAGUCACAUCACGGGGGGUGACAUCUACGGCUCGGUGUUUGAGAACUCCCUCAUCAAGCACAAGAUUAUGCUCCCACCCAAAAACAGAGGCACUGUGACCUACCUGGCUCCCCCCGGCAACUACGACGUCAAUGAUGUGGUGAUGGAGCUGGAGUUCGAGGGGGUGAAGGAGAAGUUCACCAUGGUCCAGGUGUGGCCUGUCAGACAAGUGCGUCCUGUCACGGAGAAGCUGCCUGCCAAUCAUCCACUGCUGACUGGACAGAGAGUGCUGGAUGCUCUGUUUCCAUGUGUGCAGGGAGGAACGACAGCCAUCCCAGGAGCCUUUGGGUGUGGAAAGACCGUCAUCUCCCAGUCGUUGUCCAAGUACUCCAACAGCGACGUCAUCGUCUACGUUGGCUGUGGAGAGCGUGGUAACGAGAUGUCUGAAGUACUGCGAGACUUCCCUGAGCUAACCAUGGAGGUUGAUGGGAAAACAGAGAGCAUCAUGAAGAGGACAGCGUUGGUAGCCAACACCUCCAACAUGCCUGUAGCUGCUAGAGAAGCCUCCAUUUACACAGGUAUCACACUGUCAGAAUACUUCAGAGACAUGGGAUACAACGUGAGCAUGAUGGCCGACUCCACCUCCCGUUGGGCCGAGGCUCUCAGGGAGAUUUCUGGACGUCUGGCUGAGAUGCCUGCUGACAGUGGUUACCCUGCCUACCUGGGGGCUCGUCUGGCCUCUUUCUACGAGCGUGCGGGCAGAGUGAAGUGUCUGGGCAACCCAGAGAGAGAGGGAUCCGUCAGCAUAGUGGGAGCUGUUUCACCCCCUGGUGGUGACUUUUCUGAUCCAGUGACUUCCGCCACACUUGGUAUUGUUCAGGUCUUCUGGGGUUUGGAUAAAAAGCUUGCACAGAGGAAACAUUUCCCUUCUGUAAACUGGCUCAUCAGCUACAGCAAAUACACCCGUGCUCUGGAUGAGUAUUACGACAAGCAUUUCGCUGAAUUUGUGCCCCUGCGAACCAAGGCCAAGGAGAUCCUGCAGGAGGAGGAGGACCUGGCAGAGAUCGUGCAGCUUGUUGGAAAGGCAUCACUGGCAGAGACAGAUAAAAUAACUCUGGAAGUGGCCAAGCUGCUCAAAGACGACUUCCUGCAGCAAAAUGGUUACACUCCUUAUGACAGAUUCUGUCCCUUUUAUAAGACUGUGGGCAUUCUCUCCAAUAUGAUCGCCUUCUACGACAUGGCGAGACACGCCGUGGAGACCACUGCUCAGAGCGACAACAAGAUCACCUGGGCCAUGAUCAGGGAGCACAUGGGAGAAAUCCUCUACAGGAUCAGCUCAAUGAAAUUCAAGGACCCUGUGAAGGACGGAGAGGCCAAGAUCAAGGCUGAGUACGCGCAGCUCCAUGAGGACAUGCAGAACUCCUUCCGUACAUUGGAGGAGUAGACUCCUAUCCUGUUUGACCUUUCCAGUCUUCAUCUCCUCUCAUCUCCAACACAGAAUUACAUUCCACCUCCUCCCACAAAUCGUGUGCCCCCUGGUCUCGUGUGUGUGUGUGUGUGUGUGUGUGUGAGAGAGAGAGAGUGGUGCACAUAUUCUCAUGUGGAGGGAAAAGAGAAAGAUGUACUGUAUUCAUUAUUGUUAUUGUUGCCUCAUACAGGCGUACUCUGGAUCCUCUGCAUGGUCAUUGAUCAUAUGUGAGUGUGUGUGUGUGUGUGUGUGUGUGUAUUGAUGUGAGAUAGAGGGGCCUCUUCACCUCGUCUCCUCUGCCUUUCUUGUUUACAUGAUUUCUGCUCGUGUACCUGUGUUGCUCUCCCCCCCGUGGAGAUUUGUUGGGUUGAUGUAUUGUAAUUCACAGAGCAUCUGUACAGAAGAGUAUUGAAUAUACAUUUAAUAAGACCCGUCUAUUUAUUGCCAGCAUUUUGACGUAUCGGCUUUGUGUUCUUUGUUUUGUUUUUAGGGUUGUGUUUCAUGCUGUGCUGUGUUGUGAAAUUUUUUGCCGUGCGAAUGUGUGUAAGAGUCGAACUCUCUGCUGUUCAAUGCUUCCAUCGUGUUACUCCUGAAGAAUUAAAAUGUGGAGAAAAGAAAA